CUCAACACAAAUCAUAUAUGCUCUGCCUUCUGUCAAGCUUUCAAUGAAAGAUAAAUCAAUUGAUUGGGUCAGUUGAGGUGGAAGAAGAUAAGAGGGAAACCAACACAAGAAAGGGAGGAAAGGUCACAACGUAUGUUCGCUGGUUCGGAGGUUAGGUAAUACAGAAAAAAGAAGCUAAAGAAGCCCCAAUCUUUCUCUCGAUCGAUCUGUUCUCUCCCUCUCAAGAUGAAGACGAUGCUCUAGUUUAUCAUCAUCAGAUUGUAGGCUCAAUUACCAGGAAGAGAUUUAGCCAGAGAAGAAAGUUCGUGAUUAAUCAGGAAGGGAGUGGAAUUUGAAGGGAGAUCUUUUGGAGGAAAUACAACCUGUGAAGAAGUAACAGGAAAAUUUCGUGAUUGAUCUCGACAAUUCUCGCAUCCGAAAUGGACUUGACAAAUGGCUUGUAGUUCAAUUUCAAUCACAUAAAAAUCGCAUGCACAUGUAUUUUAAAUCUUUCGGAGAUGAUGUAGAGAGGGCUAGGAGAAAGCCUUAUAGAAAUGUUCGUCCUGGGGAUUGGCAAGCUAUAUGUGAAAAUUUCAUGACCCCGACAUUCCAGAAUAGGAGCGCUAUCAAUAAAGCAAACAAGGCAAAGAAUCUAACAAAUCACCGUGAUGGCUCAAAGCCAUUUGUCACACUUCGCUAUGAAAUGCGAAACAUGGAGACAGAAGAUGAACCAUACAUGGUGACAUUUUAUCACCGAACACACUGUAGGGAGGAUGGGACAUGGGUCACCCAACAUUGUCAGGGUCUCUAUGAUAAAAUGAUUCAUGAGGUCAAUCAACAAGAAAAUUCGGAUGGUGUAUCCAAUUCCUCUACACAGUUGACCCGUAACGAGAUUUACUUUCAAAUAGUUGGUUCAACAUUGUCGUAUGUUCGUGGGCUUGGUCAUGGGGAAAUGUCCACUGUUCUUUACGGGGAAGUCGUGAAGACGUUGUUGAUGCUAGGUGUAGUGCUGAUGAAGCAAAUCGAAGGGCUGAUGAGGCAACACAAAGGGCUGAAGAGGCAAAUCAAAGGGUUGAGGCAACAUAAUAGCGAUUGGGGGAUCAAAUCAACUUGUCCAAAGUAACAGAAGAGAGAAUGGGGGACCAAAUAAGCUCUUUGCAGGCUCAACUCACAUCUUUAACAGCAUUGGUGCAGCAAGCUCUAGGGGACUCGUUAACUAGGGAGGCUCAUCAUCUUGCUUAGUCCAUUAACUAUAUUUUUUGUUUCAUAUGGGCUCAGGAUAAACUCACUUUUGUACUUUUGGUUCUUACAUGGGAUUGGAUUUAUGGAUCUCCCAUCUUCCCAUUGUUGGCAAAUUGCAGGUAGCUGGGCUUAUUAGCUUUUUGACAUCUUUUUGUUGUAGACCCAGUGACUCAGUUGCAGUAGUGGUGGGUUGUCUUCAUCGGGCCGCCACGACAUCAUUUUUGUUUUUAACCUUUCUCCCCCGUCCGGACUCCAAAUUGAGUAAAAUUUUUUUUGAACUUGACUAAUUUGUCAUUGUAUUUCCAGUGGUGUGCUCGAUAGCACUUGAAUUCACUUUUUGAAAAAUGACCAUUUUUCCCUUA